GGAUUUUGCUUCUGCUCUUGGGAUUUCCUUUUGUCCUCCCCAUCUCAUCCUUUUGGGUUGGCUCUGUGAGAUUCUGCUCUAUCAGACCGUGCUCUGUGCCCCGCCAUGCUCUGAUUUAGCUACGGAAUGCUUUGUUGGGGACUCAAAACAGUAGCGCACGCGGUCGAACGCCGCGAGUCUUUGGGACAAUGAUUGCAGGUUCAUCUUCUGGUGGUACAGGCUCGAGCUUAGCGCAAGCUGUAGUACUAGUCGCCGGUGUUUCCUCGCUUGUUGCCUCGUUGCUAUCCUUUGUGUCUAUAUGGCUUCAGACAAAAAACUAUCGGAAACCACUCCUCCAGCGAUAUGUCGUUCGGAUUUUACUCAUGGUGCCAAUAUAUGCGGCAUCGUCCUGGGCGAGUAUUGUGUCAUUAAGGGCGUCCCUAUGGCUGGCUCCGAUCCGUGACGUUUACGAGGCCUUUACCAUCUACACCUUCUUCCAGUUACUUAUUAACUUCCUAGGCGGCGAGAGAGCAGUGAUCAUAAUGACCCAUGGUCGUCAGCCUAUUCAGCAUGCAUGGCCCCUUAAUCAUUUUCUUCCCAAAGUCGAUAUCUCUGACCCACACACCUUCUUGGCCGUUAAACGCGGGAUCCUCCAGUAUACAUGGCUCAAACCCAUUUUGGCCAUCAUCUCUAUUAUUAUGAAAGCAACAGAUACCUACCAGGAAGGAUAUCUGGGUAUAACAUCCGGCUACCUUUGGACAGGAAUUGUGUAUAAUAUUAGUGUUACCAUUAGUCUUUAUUCGCUGGCGAUGUUUUGGGUUUGCCUUCACAAUGACUUGGCACCCUUUCGACCUGUUCCCAAAUUCCUCUGCGUGAAACUUAUCAUCUUUGCUUCCUAUUGGCAGGGGUUUUUCCUGUCAAUCCUGCAGUGGCUAGGAGCUUUACCCAACGGUGCUGGAGGUUAUACACCCGACAACCUGGCUGCGGCAAUCCAAGACAGCCUGAUCUGUUUCGAGAUGCCCAUAUUUGCCAUCACUCACUGGCAUGGGUUUUCCUGGCAUGACUACGCCGACCCCAACAUAUCAGCUGCCCGGCUUCCUGUGAUUUACGCUCUCCGGGAUGCCUUCGGGCCCAAAGACUUAAUUGAGGAUACGAAGAUGACCUUGAGAGGCGAAAAUUACGAAUACCGGUUAUUCGACUCCGGUGACCACAUCAUUGCGCAUGCAGAAUCAGACUCUCGCGUGAAACGAGUAAUGCAUGGUAUGCGGUACGAGCGCGGUGGGAAAGCCAAAUACUGGAUCCCCAAACCGGGGGAAGCCAAUAGUCGAACCCCCUUGCUUGCAGGCUCCCAAGGAAGCAGUCAGAGUCGGCGGAGCAGCACCCUGAACCGAUAUCGUGCACACACGGAGCUCGAAGAGACCGCUCUGGAUGACGAGGAUGAAGCUCUCUUUGCCAAGGCUCGAGAACUGGAAUUCGGCGACUUUAAUUAUCCUGUUAUUACCGCCAACAUAGUACCAAGAGACCAACGACUGUCCGCUCCCCCCAGGUUAAACUCCCAGCAGGCACACGUAAUAAAGAAAGCAAGGAAAAGCAGAAAGACUCGUGCUCCCAGCACUAGCGGGACGCAGAGCAGUGCUGGCACUACCUCCCGUCCCGAAGUUCCCCCAAAACAGGGAACUGACUCGCCUACUUCCCAAACCUCUAGUCGCGGUCAACUCGUUGAUCUUGUAGUGGAGGACCGAAAGGCGGAAGAAGCAGAGCGUGAGCACAUUCAGCGAGCAUUUGGGUCAACUGCGGUCGAGCCCGAGCAUAAGCAUUUCCAGAGGCCAUCUGGGACGCCGGUUGGCGAAACAUCUCCUGCCAAUGAUCAAGAGGAUGAUGACCCUGAGUCUACGACUGAACAGACAAGGCUGAUACAGCCAGACGGUGAAGGAGAACGGGAAGACCAAGACCUGAAAACGCCGGCUUGGAACUAUGGGGACUUGGAGGAUGACAAUGUCUGGGGUCGAUAGUAUUAUUCACUGACCUCCGUGUUAUCCGAUCAUGAGCCCUCCAUCAAAUGCAAUGUCUCGAAUACAAGUCCAUGCAGUCUUCUUGUAAGGACAGUUAACCUUUUACCUCACCCAUUUAGGACUUGAUUCGGCCGCUCCUAGCUUGCCCUAAAGUGACGACCCGAAGGGGCAGAGAUCCUUGGUCAACGCACUACACUGAUAUCUGAUAUGUGGAAACCUCAUCUUCCUUUAUUUUCUAUUUUUUUUUUUUACAGUUUUAUGUCGAUUCCUUGGUUGUACAACUUCGGAAGCGCUUAAUGUUCGCUUGAUACCUCAGCUGUUCAGUUGGAAAUUGAGAUUUUUUUUUUAUAUAUAUAAAUAGCAUGAAACUAGAAGGAA